AUGAGUCUGGAGAUUGAGGAGCUACGUGAACAAUUGAGGGAGCAGAUGGUGCCUCAAGAGCUUCGUGCUCUAGACCGACUAGUUUCUUCCCUCCUUUGCCCUGAGAUUGAAGCAGUGGAAGCUCCUCAUAAGUACAGUCCACCAAAAUUCAUCCUUUAUGAUGGGAAAUCAAACCCCCUAACUCACAUCAGCCACUACCAGCAAAUGAUGUCACUUUGGAAUCAGAACGAUGUGUUCAUGUGCAAGCUCUCCGAAGCUUUCCUUGCACGGUUUGUUUCUAAUAGCCGAAUCCCGAAGGGAUUUGACACCUUGUUCAAUGCUUGGAAGAAUAAAAAUGAGUCUUUGUACGAAUACGCUCGGCAGUAUUGGGAGGCGUAUGGCGAUUUAGAAGAAGAUGUUUGUAGUGAGCCAUUAGCAACUCUAUACUUCAAACAAGGUCUCCCUUCUUCACACAAGCUUAGACAAUCGUUGACGAAACGACCCGCCUCUAACUUGAAAGAGUUGAGGGCCUGGAUAGAAGAGCAAGCUCGUGUGGAAGAUGACGCUGCCUCCGUACAAGUGUCAGUUGCAAAUGAUACAGUUAAGGCCUCCUGGCAACAAAGGGCCUAA